AUGAAGAUUCCGGUUUUGUUCUCAUUCAUUCUUGUUUCUGUACCCGGUAAUGCGUUUUUAGGUAGAGGAUCUUCUUCUAAAAGCAAGACGGAUGAAGACGCAAGAAGUGUACCUGCUAGUAAUGAUAAAGAUGAAGGUGCUAAAUCUGAACCUGCUGUUAAUAUUGUUAACAGUUAUGCUGCCGGCAAGGCUGUAUAUCAUCCCGGUGAAGUAAGUGUACUUGUCAAGAAUAAAGUGGUAGAUGCGGUGGUUUCCGCCGACAGUGGAGAUACAGCUAUAGACAUAUCCGAAAUUAACGUUGCAAGACCUGAAACAUCGACCGUUUAUGGACUUGAGUUUGGACCAAACGAACUGACAGUCAAAACCUUUUAUUCAGGAAACAAAAUUUAUGCAACUCGCGUUUUAGACAAUGGAGUACUGAUCUGGGAAGUCUCUGGAAAGGAAAGGUGCAAGUUUGUUGAGUUGUAUUAUAAAGGAGAUUCCAAGUUGUUGAGGCUCUUGAUUGUGCUAGGAGGUUAUCCUAGGACUUACUAUCUCUACUACGAGAAAGUUGAUGGCAGGUGGAAGAAUGUCCCAAGUCAAAAUGAGUUUUAUAAGAAACUUGAAGAAUUGAAAAACACCUUUGAACAAACUUCCAGAGAUUCAGAGUCACCAAAGAAUGCCGAGUCCUUUAAGGAAGGCUGGAUUAAAUCAAAGUGGAAUAGUAUCAGAUAUUCAAGGUCGUCCACAAUGAUGUCCAGCCCCGUUCCUCAACAAUCUUUAGACCUUGAUGAUGUCACUGAUCCCAGAUGUAAAGUCAUAUAUGUGGACAUUGAUGGAGUACCUGUAAGAAUGCAUAUUAUGAGCAUGGAUACAAAUGUAACAAAGCUUAUUUACGGGGAAAACGAGGUAUGGACUAUACCAGCAGAAGACGAAUACAUGUACUGCAUAGAAUAUCUCCAAAAUGGUGAAUCGAAAAUCGUGACUAUUAUUACAGACAAAAAAAACGAGUUACAUCAGACAUAUCGUAAGUACCAGGAUACCAAUAGUUGGUACGACGGUUUUGGUUGGUUUGGCACAAAAGGCUGGAAGAAUUACGAUAGGAAAUAUCUUGAGAAAAUUAACGCUCUAAAAGUUGGCCCCAAUCUACCCACUAGGUUUGCUCUGGACAUUUCCUCUUCUGAGGAUACUUAUGACUGUAUAGUAACAAGGAGUGAACAAGAUUGUAUUACUACUCUCUUCUUUGCUACGAAUUCUGGAAACAUUUUAGAAAAGGUUGUGGAUGGCGGUAGGCACAUUUUUACCGUCCCAGAUGAUCGCAUUUGUUACCUUUGUGAAGUCCACUCGAGUGGUAACUAUAAACUUCUGAGACUACACAUAAAGAGUGGAAAUUAUCAGCUUAGUUUCCAAAACUUUGACUACUAUGAUGGGGACUGGGAUGUUCUAACAAACGCAGAGUUUAAUCAAAUACUCAAAACACUGUGGUAG